AUGUUCAAAUACGCCGUUGUUAUCUUUGCUGUCAUUGCCUGCGCUGCUGCCAAACCCGGUUUCUUAAGUGCUCCUUUGGCUUAUGCUGCUCCUGCAGCUGUAGUUGCUGCCCCCGCCGGUGUUGUUACAGCCACCAGUAGCCAAUUUGUGGCCCGCAACCAUAAUGGUAUCGCUACUGCUCCCGUUGUAGCUCCAGUAGCUGCCCCAGUUGCCGCCUAUACCGCCCCCAUUGCUGCUGCUUAUACCGCUCCCAUUGUAGCCAAAUACGCUGCUGCCUACUCUACCCCCUUGGCUUACUCUGCACCUGUUGUAGCUAAAUAUGCCGCUGCUUACUCUGCUCCCUUGGCUUACUCUGCUCCUUUGACUUAUGCUGCCACUCCCUUGGCUUAUGCUAAUGCUCAUUUGGAUGCCGCUUAUGCCAGCAGCCGUGUUGACCUUAAGCAAAACUACAAUGCUGCCGUAGUUCCUGCGACUUAUGCUGCCGCCCCUGUUUUGUUUCUAACUAAACAAAAUGUUCAAAUACGUAAGUUUAUUUUAUUCCUUAGAAAAAGUAGCAAAAUCUAAUCAAAUUUUAAAUAUUUCAUUUAGGCCGUUGUUAUCUUUGCUGUCAUUGCCUGUGCUGCUGCCAAACCCGGUUUCUUAGGUGCUCCUUUGGCUUACACCGCUCCCGCCGCCGUUGUUGCUGCCCCCGCUGGUGUUGUUACUGCCACCAGUAGCCAAUUUGUUGCCCGCAACCACAAUGGUAUUGCCACCGCCCCUAUUGUAGCUCCAGUAGCUGCCCCAGUUGCCUCCUACACUGCCCCCAUUGCUGCUGCUUAUACCGCUCCCGUUGUAGCCAAAUACGCUGCUGCUUACUCUACCCCAUUGGCUUACUCUGCCCCUGUUGUAGCUAAAUAUGCCGCUGCUUACACUCAUCCCUUGGCUUACUCCGCUCCUUUGACUUAUGCUGCCACUCCCUUGGCUUAUGCUAAUGCUCAUUUGGAUGCCGCUUAUGCCAGCAGCCGUGUUGACCUCAAGCAAAACUACAAUGCUGCCGUAGUUCCUGCCACUUAUGCUGCCGCCGUAGCUCCUCUUAAAUACACUGCUGCCCCAGUUUUGUUGUAAACUUAGAUUUUCUUAAUGAUCUUGACAAAUAAAAUAAAUAAUCUGUGAUUUAACGAUUUAAACAAA